UACACCACCACCUCCACCACCACCACCAUCACAAACCCAACAAUGCAACAAUGACCACAACUACUGACGACUCACCACCUCUUCCAACCUCCCUCCCACCUCCACAGCCUCACCAAGCCAUGUCUCCAACCCACUCCAUCCUCCCCACUCUCUUCACCUCCCUCACCCGCACCCCGCGAUGGUCUCUCCUCCGAACCCUCAAAAGCUCCAACCCCCACGACAUCAACGGCGACCUCCACGGCACUGCGACAUUCACUCUCCUGUCGCCCUCCACCGAAACAACGCACCAUCAUCACCACCAAGAACCACCACAACCACAAGAAGAAGAAGAAGAAGAAAAGCCCUCUUCCCCAACGAAACCCCAACCCCUCGAGUCGUCGUCCCUCUACACCGAAUCCGGCUCCCUUCCCGCAGCUCUCUCCCCAACCACCCUUCCCCUGCAAUGGAAGAAAUCCUACAUCUGGAGACUCACGCCCACCCAGAUUAGCGUGUGGUUUGUGAAACCUGCCGCUACUGAAACCCCGGAGCCAGAUUACGUGUUCCAUGGAAUGGAGUUUCGACAGUCGUCGGGUGACGAUGCCGGAGUAGGGGAUGGAGAAGCAGAAGAGGGAUAUGUCAGCCCGCCGGUUCCCCCGCCUGUACGGAAAAGAGAGAUAUCUGACGGAGAAGCGGAGGAGGAGACCAUGGUGGUGACGGCGCGGGGGAAUCAUCUCUGCAUUAAUGAUAUGUAUCGUACGGCGUAUGCAUUUCGGCUGAGGGCCGGGGAUGGGGAGGUGGUCAGUUGGGCCAGUCGGCAUGUGGUGAAGGGCCCGAAGAAGAACCAGGAUAUUGUCAAUCUGUACUCCAGGAUAGAGCCAGGGUCGGAGUGAAAUUGAGCAAUGGGAGCCGGCUGUACAUGUUGCGUGGGCAGUGAAGGCCACAGGGGUAUAGAGGGCUGGCUUUUACUUUUAGAGAGCUCUUUUGGUGAACAAAUCUCUGGAGCACAUCGCUCCGAUGUGGUAUGCUGCUGUGAAGGGAUUAUUCUAUCACUACAAGGUGUAUAUAAAAUCAGGCCUGUUGUCACCAAGAAGCUCGAUCUGGUGCGGCUCAAGUCCUGCCACCCAGUGGUCUCUCUCCCCACGUCGACGCUUCGCAUUUUCUUGUCGGAGAAGAACAUACUGCACCACCGAGCCACCAAACAGAAACAGGACCAAAUAAGCCAGGACGGUCCCGUGGCCUGGAUAAAACUGGGGCGC